AUGACGUUAAAAAUAAACAAAGCAGAUGAAAGAACUCAUUUGUUAGGUAAUAAUCCAUCACAAUCAACAGUUAAUAUAAUCCAAGAUAUAAAAAAUGAAGUUGAUGAAGUAGAUGAUAAUGGAUCAUCAUCAAUAUCAAUGGUCAAUCCAUUAAGAGAAUCAAUGGAAACAAUUGAAAGAGCAACAGAAUUAGAAUUUACAUAUUGGAUUAUGAAAAAAAGACAAUGGUCAAGAAUUCAAAGAGGUACAUUUACGAACGAAAAGAGAGGAUUUUCAAUAUUAUGGUUUUUAUUUUUUAUGAUUGUUUAUGGUGUUUAUUUAUUCUUACAAAUUUAUCAUUUUGAAAGAAUUGAUGGAUAUAUAUUAGAGUUUAUAUUGAUGGGAUUCAUAUCAUUUUCAUUGGGAUUAUUAGUACCACGUUUUGCGAUAAUAGUACGUAUUGUGUUUUUAGAGGUAUAUUCAACAUUGUACCUAUUCUUCAUAUUCAAUCUAUACUAUGAAAAACAGUAUUAUAUACCAUUGAUAUCAUUGGGAAGUGGGGUGUUGGUAUUCUCGAUUAUAUGUUUCUUUGUCUAUCCAUAUAUUAUGCGUUGUAUAUUCUCGAUUACAGGUGCAAUCACAUUAAAUGUCGAUAAAGAUCAAUGGGUACGUGGUGAAUCAAAUAGAUUUACAAUUAAACAAAAGAAUCUAUUCCAAAAACCUUCAACUUGUAUUUACGAAGGACCCCUAUUGGAUGGUCGUCCACAUGGUAUUGGAACUUGGAUGGAUACUUCAUAUCAAGGUGAAUUGUUAACUGGUUUCUGGGAAGAUGGUAUACCAUUGGGUCCUUUUGAAUCAAUGGAAAAUGAUACUCGUUCACUUUUAGUCAAUCUUCGUAUUAUCUAUGGUACAAAUGGUGGUGGUAAAAGUUGGCUAGAUAGAAUUCCCCUAAACAUUGGUGUUGCCUCAAUUGAAUGUUGUGUAUCUGGUAACUUUUUCAAAGGAUAUCCAAAAGUUUCAAUGAUUAAAGGUCCUGAUCUUUGUAAAUGUCAAAAUCGUUGUACUUGUAUUCAAUCACUUUUAGAUAAGAAAUAUUAUAGACAUAUUGAUGAUGAUAAAACAAUUACAUCAAUUGUAGUUUCAUUAGAUAAGAAAAUGGAUGCAUUAGCAAUUUCAGGUUUUAAACCAUUACAUCCAAAAAAUAAAACAGUUUCAAUUGAAAUUGGUAGACAAGAAAAUGUUCAAAAAUUAAUUGUUGAUAAUAAUUGGAUUUCAAGUCAAUCUAAUGAAGGUAUUUUAUUCAUUCAUGGUUAUGAUCACGAUUUAAAAGAUGCUUUAAAAAGAUUUGCUCAAUUUUUAGCAUUAGGUCAUUUCCCAAAUUAUAUUAAACCAUUUGUAUUUAAUUGGCCAUCAUCAACAAGUCCAUUAUUAUAUUGGUGUGCACAUUCAGUUGCAUCAGAUAAUGAUAAUCAUAGAGAUCUUCAAAAGUUUAUUGAAAGUUUAGGACAAAGUGGUAUUAGAAAUUUACAUAUAAUGUGUCAUUCUAUGGGAACACGUUUCUUUUUAAGAUCAUUUAGUAAAAUUAAAAAAGCCUUUGCAAAAAGAAAACCAAUUGUAUAUAGUAGUAGUAAUAAUAAUAAUAGUAAUAAUAAUGAAAAUUUUAAUAAUAAUAAUAAUAAUAAUGAUAUAAGUAGUAGUAGUAAUAGUGGAUUUGUUCAACAACCUGAACAAGAUAAAUCACUUAAAUAUAUAAAUAAAAUCAAUUUAACCAAUUUAAUAUUUUUAAAUCCAGAUUACGAAAUCAAUACAUUUAAAAAUGAUUAUGGUGAAUUAAGAAAUUAUUGUCCAAGAAUUACAGUUUAUGCAGAUCACAGAGAUGAAGCAAUUAAAAUGGCAUUUAGAAUCACACAAAAGAGAAAUCUUGGUAAUAAUAUCUUUGGUAUCGUUGAUGAUGAUGGUGGUAUGUUGGAUGUUGAUAUCAUCGAUACUGGUGAUUUGGAUAGUAAUAUGUCUGAACGUCAUCAUUCUUUCUUUAACAUCAACCGUCUCAUGGUUGAUGAUCUACAUGAUUUAAUUGUCACUGGUAAAAGAGCUAUGGAUAGAACUUCAAGAUUAAAAUCUGUUGGUGAUGUCUUUAGAUUCUCGAUUUUACCUUCAACUGUUGUUGUAGUUUAG